GAGGUGGAGCGGCUCAGCGGCGAACACCUGCACGGCGGCCUGUGCGCGCCCUCCUUCCUGCAGUACUUCAACCUCUGGAGGGACUCCCCGGAGGUACGGGCCGUCGCGCUCGCGCUCGGGGCCGCCGCCGUGGCGCUGCUCGGCGCCCGCCGGGUGCGGCUGUACGGCGACGCGCUCUUCGUGAAGCGCCCGGGGGACACGGCGACGGCGUGGCACACCGACGCGGAGCACGUGCCCCUGGACACGGUCCGGUACUUGACCCUGUGGCUGCCGCUGCAGGCCGUGCGGCCCGCGGAGGACGGCGGGUCCGCCCUGCUCUACGCGAGCGGCAGCCACCGGCGGGCCAGCCUGCGGCCCGGCGGCGGGUGGCGCGGCGUGGUGUGCGACCCCGGCGGGCUGCUGCUGGGCGACGCCGCCGCCCACCACGGGCGGACGCUGCACGCCGCCCCGGAGCUGGGGGCCGGCGCGGCGGAGGAGAGGUGGGCCCUUGCGUUCAGCUACUUCGCGGACGGUGCCAGGAGGAGGGCGGACCUGCGGGACGAGGAUCGAAAACGAGAAAGACGAGGAGCGGGACUCCUUCCAGGCGUGGGCCGCCGACGUGCCCGUCGGCGCGCUGGCGCGCCACCGCUUGCUGCCGCUGGCGGCCGCGGCCGACGACAUCCACCAAGCACCAGCCCCGUCGCCUGGCGACGAGGCGGAGAUGGAGGAAGCGGAGGGGCGAUGGGCCGCGCCCGGCCUGCUGGCGCGUGUCGCGGCUGUCGGCCGCUCUGCACGAGGAGCUCGGCCGGCCGGCGGAGGCGUGCGGAGUGUUGCGCGAGGCGCUGCGGGCGCUGAGGGCGCGCGACGCGGGCCGGAGCGCGGAGGCGCUGGAGUGCAUGCUCGAGCUGGGGCGGCUGCUGUGCCAGCAGGGCUCGCGCCGCGAGGCCGAGGAGGCCGAGGCGCUGCUGGAGGAGGCGCUGCUCGGCGGCCGCGCCGAGCUGGGGCCGCGGCACCCCACGACGCUGCUCGCCGCGGGGGGGCUGGGGAUGCUGCUGCAGGCGCAGGGCCGCCUGCUCGAG